GCGCGUGUGUGUGUGUGUGUGCGCGCGUGUGUAGGUGGAUGAGCGCUGAAAACACUCGGUUUAACCAGCACUGAGACCAGCCAUGCCUUCUGACACAUCCGCCUCGGAGUCACUCUGCCCUCAUCUCAUCAGCGAAUCGCAGACGUUGUACGAAAACAAGCUGAACGAAAAGAGCAAGGUGCAGAACGGCGUGGAGGAGCACAAGGAGGAAGAGGGGAGCGUGAUGGAGAGGAACUGGAUCCGUCCGGAUCUGCCCAGCAGGUGCACGUGGCAGCUCGGGAAUGUGAAAACGCCGUCCCCUCACGUCCACACAGAACGGACAAAAGCUCCCAGCAUUCUCCCCAACAUCCUGAGACACAUCGGAGACACGCCGCUCGUCCGCAUCAAUAAGAUUCCCAAAAUGUUCGGGGUGAAGUGUGAGAUCUUGGCUAAGUGUGAGUUCUUUAACGCUGGAGGCAGUGUGAAGGAUCGCAUCGCUGCUCGUAUGGUGGAGGACGCGGAGAGAGACGGCAUCCUCAAACCCGGAGACACCAUCAUUGAGCCCACAUCAGGAAACACAGGUAUCGGCCUGGCUCUGGCUGCAGCAGUAAAAGGUUAUCGCUGCAUCAUCGUCAUGCCUGAGAAAAUGAGCAUGGAGAAGGUGGACGUGUUGCGUGCUCUCGGCGCCGAGAUCGUCCGGACCCCGACCGCCGCCCGCUUCGACUCCCCGGAGUCUCACGUGGGCGUGGCCUGGAGGCUGAAAAACGAGAUCCCCAACUCACACAUCCUGGAUCAGUACCGUAACCCCAGCAACCCGCUUGCUCACUACGACAACACGGCCGAGGAGAUCCUGGAGCAGUGCGACGGUAAAGUAGACAUGCUGGUGGCGGGAGCUGGAACAGGUGGGACCAUCACCGGCAUCGCACGCAAGCUGAAGGAGAAAUGCCCGAACGUCAAGAUUAUUGGUGUGGACCCUGAAGGAUCAAGCCUAGCGGAACCGGAAGAGAUCAACAAGACGGAUAAAACCCAGUACGAGGUGGAGGGGAUCGGAUACGACUUCAUCCCCACCGUCCUGGACAGAUCUGUGAUUGACGAGUGGUGCAAGACCGUAGACGAGGAGUCCUUCGACAUGUCUCGUAUGCUCAUCCGGCAGGAAGGACUCCUGUGUGGUGGUAGUUCUGGAUCAGCCAUGGCUGCAGCAAUGAAAAUGGCGAAGGAGCUGAAGGAAGAUCAGCGCUGCGUGGUCAUCCUGCCCGACUCGCUGCGGAACUACAUGACCAAAUUCCUCAGCGACAAGUGGAUGUUUGAGAAAGGCUUUCUGAGAGAGGAGGACCUGAUGAUUAACAAACCAUGGUGGUGGAAUCUAACUCUACAGGAACUGCGACUCUCUGCUCCUCUGACGGUUCUGCCAUCCGUGAGCAUUAAAAACACCAUUAAGAUCCUGAAGGAGAAGGCGUUUGACCAGGCCCCGGUGGUCGACGAGGCCGGAACGAUCGUUGGGAUGGUCACUCUGGGUAACAUGCUGUCCUCGGUACUCGCUGGGAAGGUCAGUCCAUCUGACCCCGUCAUCAAAGUCCUUUAUAAGCAAUUCAAACAGGUUCGUCUCACAGAUAACCUGGGGAAACUCUCACGGAUCCUGGAGACGGACCACUUCGCCCUGGUGGUGCACGAUCAGAUCCAGUACCUGACAGACGGCUCGUCUGCUCUGAAGAUGAUGGUGUUUGGGAUCAUCACGGCUAUCGACCUGCUGAACUUUGUCACCACUCGUGAGAGUAGAGAGCGCACACUGUCCGAGUCCUCGCUCCCUGAUGACCAGUAGCUGGUCUCUGAUACACACACACUCACACACAUACACACACUCAGUUUGACAUAUGAAGCAGUAAGCAUUUUGACGUUACACAUUAUAAUGAAUUCCUUCUCGUUUCUAACGCAGCAGCUGCACAAGUUUAAAGCUGCGGUCUGUAAUGACGAGGUGUUUCUAGCUGCAGUAACAAUCACACAGGUUUAAAGACUCCGUACACAACUGGAGUGCUGCGAUGCAGUGGCACUCUCCAAGAUUCACAUCGAUCCUCUCUUUAUGUUUUUCUCUCCCGGAUAUGAAUCCCAACCACACCUGAAAAGGUGGAGCUCAACUUCGCCUCUUCUUAUCCCGCAGUUUUCACUGCAGGUGAACGAGGUGGUCAAUGUUACACACUGGUUCUGGUUUUUACUUUCACACAGGUAUUAGAAAUCUAAAUCCAGCGUGAAGAAAUAUUACCGGCCAAAUACUGAGUGUAUCGUCGUCAUGGCGACGGUCUGACCUCAUUGGUGCACCUUAAACUCGCUUAAUUUUACAAUGCAAUAAAGAUUUAACUGCUGUUUAUUAUAAAUUCACUUAUUAUCAGUUUAAUUAUACUUGAAUUAAUAUAGAGCCAUGCUUUAUUAUAACAUUUAAAUAAAUGUUGCAGUCUAUCUGGUUUGGCAUUCUAUAUGAUUCUGCCACCUUGUGGUCACAUAGGGUCAGUGCAGAAUAUGCAAAGAAUAAGAAUAGUAUAAAACUGUAAUGUUGUUGGAAAACUGUGAAUGAUUAUUGAUGCUUUAGCCUUGAUACUCUGUAGUUUUACUGUUUCUGGUGUAAAUUCUGGUGUAGCGAUUAGUACUGUCACUUUGCACCUCCAGGAUCUGGGUUCAAUUCCUGCCUCUGAGUCUGUGUUCAUGGGGUUUGGGUAUUCUUCCUUGGAGGGUUUCCUCUGGGUACUCCGGUUUACAAACCGGGACAUGCAGAUUCCCAAAUUGCCUGUUGUGUGUGUAUGAGCUUGUGAAUGUCAUAAAAGCAGGAAUAAACACAGUGGUAAUCGUUGGCCUCCACCAAUUUGGACUACAAAGGUUCCUAAAUGGAUGGUGUGAGGCAUGAGGUCAUCAGCUCAUUGUUGUGAAUAAUAGAGUUUUUUUUGUUGUUGUUAGUUUGUUUUUUAGACUUGGUUACUUCAUUUGAUUUGUUUAUUUUCCUGGACAAAUGUUUAUUCUGUGUUUGCUGAAUUGAAUUUGCUUAUAACUGAA